AUGGAGUUGUCUACAAGUAACAAACUUCGUCAGCGCGCUGGCACUGUCGAGACUGUCCCCGUGAGCAGUGCUCUGGUCCCACUCAAGUCGUUCGCAAGUGUAGUUUUUGAGGGGGCCGGUGCCAGAGCAGUGCGCGCUUGGAGCAAGACCGGAGCAGCGGAUCGCCGAGUCGCGGUGCCGGCACUGCCGUGCUGUAAGAUGUCGAUCAUCGAUGGCAUCAUCGCCUCCCGCCAGGAUACACACGAUCCGAGGUGUCUCAAGGGUCGAGCCAUCGUCGCCUCUUCAAGCACGUGGCGGUCGGAUACACUGCCUUCUUCGGGCAAAAAGGCAACUAUCGGUGCCGAUAGCCUCGGCUGGUACUGCCACUUGGUGCCGGCGGCCAGAAUCUUGCCGGUGCCGCUCCUACAGUCGUGUCGUCGUGUGUGA